CCGUCACUUCUUCAAUCGGAAGGGCGCCGCUGCUAUCCCAGCCAUGGCGAGUGCUGGAGCCGUACUGGAGCUCCAGAAAAAUUCAGGCAAUUGGGCUAAGGUUGUGGAAGAAGUGGUGAAGAUGGAGAGGAAGAUAUUCCCGAAGCACGAAUCACUCGCCAGAUCAUUCGACGAAGAGCUCAGGAAGAAAAAUUCUGGGCUGCUCUACAUAGAAAUCAACGGCGAGGUUGUGGGCUACGUCAUGUAUUCUUGGCCUUCUUCACUGUCCGCUUCCAUCACCAAGCUCGCAGUGAAGGAAAAUUGGAGGAGGCAAGGACAUGGGGUGGCGCUUCUGGUAGCGGCGAUUCAGAAAUGCAGGACGAGAAGCGUGCAACGGGUGUCGCUUCACGUUGAUCCCUUGAGGCUGGCUGCUGUGGGACUAUACAAGAAAAUGGGGUUUCAAGUGGAAACCUUAGUGCAAGGUUAUUAUUCGUCGGACAGAAGCGCCUACAGAAUGUACCUGGAUUUCGAUUCUGAGUAGCCCAAGGCAGCUCAAGUGAAGCGAAAUGAUCUCUUCUCUGCGGUAAGUUAUUAAUUUGACCUGGGACUGCUUAGUUGGAUUCUUAAUUGAAUGAGUUGAAACACUAAGCACCGCUCUGUGGAAAUUGGGGGUUGAUGGAGAGGAGUUGAUGAAAUGGUGAAUGAGGAACAUGGUUUCUUGGAUUGUUAUCAUAUGCACUGGGAUGCUUACCUGAUGGAGUGAUGGUCCGACAAGGCAAUGAAGCCAGAUUCUGUCACAAUUUGUAGCAUAAUGCGAAAUUUAGUUCACCCUGUUGAAUAUUGUGGAUUUUGUGAUUAUUGAGAAUCAAAAGUGAUAUUCUCAUUGAUACGUUGAGAACUAAUAUACAGGAUUGGGGAGACAAAUAAGGAGCACUAGCAACAGGAGGAAUUCUUGAGUGCUCCCGGAGCACCACCUCAGCCGUGCUCCCUUCCAAUAAAUAUGCGUCACCUGU